AUGGCCGGCGCGCUCCCCCGCCGUCUCCUCCUGCUCGCCGUCGUCACCUUCGCCGCCCUACUCCCUCGCGCCGCCGCCGUACGUCCCUUCGUGCUGGUCCUCUCCGGCGACGACUUCCUCAAGGACCCCUCGGGCGCGCACCCCUCGCUGCCCUCCGCCGACGGCGACGCCGACGACUGGGACGACUUCGCCGACGACUCCCCCGCCACCGACCCGCUCCUCUCCCCGUCCUCCUGGGCGCCCCUCCUCGACCCCACCACCCCCUCCCCAUCGGACGACUCGCCGUCCGAUGCGCUCUUCGUCGCGGGCACCCGCGCCAUGAUCUCCGCGGCCUCCUCGGGCGACGAGGCCGCUUUCUCCACCGCGUCCGCGCAGAUCGAGGCCGCGGCGGCGGGGGGACACCCCGGCGCGCAGUCCGCGCUGGCGUUCCUCACCGGGGCCGGCAUGACGCGCCCGGUGUCCCGCUCGCGUGCCUUCCUGCUCCACAAAUUCGCCGCCGACGCGGGAGAUCUCCAGUCGAAGAUGGCGCUCGCAUACUCCUAUUUCCGCCAGGAGAUGUACGAUGAGGCUGUCACAUUAUAUGCUGAACUUGCGGAGGCAGCUCUGACAAGCUCCUUAAUCUCGAAGGAGCCACCAGUGAUUGAACCAGUCCGGCUACACAGUGGAACUGAAGAAAACAAGGAGGCCUUGAGGAAGUCCCGUGGCGAGGAUGAUGAAGAUUUUCAAAUCACAGAGUACCAGGCCCAACGAGGCAAUGCUGCCGCAAUGUACAAGUUAGGGCUUCUGUAUUACUAUGGCCUACGAGGACUCAGGCGCGAUUACAGCAAAUCAUAUCAUUGGUUCUCUAAGGCCGUGGAGAAAGGCGAUACACGUGCUAUGGAGCUUCUGGGGGAAAUCUAUGCUAGAGGCGCUGGAGUGGAACGAAACUACACCGAAGCAUACAAAUGGUUGGUACUUGCAGCAAAUCAGCAACAAUACUCAGCUUACAAUGGACUUGGUUAUCUUUAUGUGAAAGGCUAUGGAGUGGAGCAGAAAAACUUGACCAAAGCCAAGGAAUAUUUUGAAAUUGCAGCUGAGAAUAAGGAGCAUGGGGGUUAUUAUAACCUUGGUGUGUUGCAUCUGAAGGGUAUUGGUGUAAAAAGAGAUGUGAUGACUGCAUGCAACUAUUUUCUUCGUGCAGUAAAUGCGGGGCAACCAAAAGCUAUUUAUCAAGUGGCAAAGCUGUUCCAAAAAGGCAUUGGUCUUAAGAGGAACCUCCAUAUGGCAACUGUUCUGUACAAGUCUGUUGCUGAGAGGGGCCCCUGGAGCUCACUGUCUAGAUGGGCUCUGGAAUCUUAUUUAAAAGGUGACAUAGGGAAAUCAUUGCUCUUGUAUUCUAGAAUGGCGGAUCUUGGGUACGAGGUUGCCCAAAGCAAUGCCGCCUGGAUUCUUGAUAGGUAUGGUGAGGAACAUAUUUGCAUGGGAGAGUCUGGCUUGUGUACAGAUACGGAAAGACAUCUCCGUGCACAUGCUUUGUGGUGGCAAGCAUCUGAGCAGGGAAAUGAACAUGCUGCUUUGUUGAUUGGUGAUGCCUACUACUAUGGCCGGGGUGUAGGGAGGGACUAUGAGCGUGCAGCAGAAGCAUAUAUGCAUGCUCAAUCACAGUCUAAUGCACAGGCCAUGUUUAACCUUGGGUACAUGCAUGAGCAUGGUCAUGGGCUUCCCCUUGAUUUGCACUUAGCAAAAAGAUACUAUGAUCAGGCUGUCGAGGUGGAUUCAGCAGCUAAGUUCCCUGUCAUGCUCGCUCUAACCAGUCUUUGGAUAAGGAAGAACUACGCUGGCAGUUUUGUGGUUCAUUUCAUUGAUUCGCUGCCGGAGAUAUAUCCUGUAGUUGAGGAAUGGGUAGAGGAUGUCCUGAUGGAUGAAGGGAACGCAACGAUAUUGACUCUCUUUGCUUGCCUUGUAACUGUCCUGUACUUGCGAGAGCGUCAGCGGCGUCAAGUGGUGGCAGACAAUCCCCAACAGCCUGAUGGUGCACCCAACUAAUGCCAAGAUGCUGAGGCCCAUGCAGAAGUGAUUGCCUGAGGUACAUAUGGCUGUUUGUUCGCAGUUUUAGCAUCAAAGUUUUGUUGAACAUCUGGAACUCGAUGAAAUGAAUACUCAUACUGGAAGUUGUAGAUUUCCUUCAACCGAAAACGCCAAUGGCUUUUUGGGGACAGAGCAUGUAAAAUGGUAGCCCUCCUAGAAAACGUAUGUACACUAAAUUGACUAGAAUAUGAACCGAUUCACAGCUGUUUGAUAUUGAGAGUGAUUAUGUGGUUCCAGGUGAACAUUCACCCUUUCUAACAUGACCUUGCCUGUAAAGUACUGACGAAUAUUUAAGAAUGCUUGUGUUACUUGAAACAUGCUAGUUUGAUGGCUUGUGCUAUGCGAUCACACUACUUGCAUGUUUUCAUUUUCCAG